CACUUUUUUUCUUUCACUCAACAGUCGACGAAAAUGAUUGCUAGCUGCGUUGGCAAUUGCAACUAUGCAGGCCCACCGCCUGACUCCAUACUCUCCAUGCCGCCACCCCCUUUGCCGUCCUUUCUGCUGCCGCGCACAGCCAUUAUAGCGGCCGCAGUACCAACAAACGACACUCAUCCAUGCUUUGCGCCCUUCUUGUGCGACCCCAGCCCAAAUCCACGCGAAAGUGGUGGCAUCGAAUUUGUCGAAUUGACUGGUGUCGAUUCGAAAGGCUUGGAGAACACUUGGCUCUUUGUCUUAAUAUCGUGUUGCGUUGGUGUAUUAAUUUUGGGUGGCCUCUUGGCAGUCAUAUUGCUCAAAUGCAGAGACACUCUAUUUUCCAGUUGCAAUUUGUCCUAUCACGAUUCGAAUAUCAAACAGAGUGGCAUGGGCGCUUUGGGUGAAUCUUCAACCAAAGCCAAUCCAUUUAUGGCUGGUGGUAUUUUGUAUCCCUGCACUACGACCAACAAUCGCGAUACUUUGCAGACGCAAUUGGCAAACGAUAGCCGCUUACUAUGGGCCACCCUUACCCCGCACGGCACGCGACACUUUAUUUCAGACUAUCCAGUGGCAAAUGGGAAUGUUGUACAAGAUGGCCACUAUGAAGUGGUGGAUUAUCGUACAAAAGUGCCAAAUCCAACGUAUCGUGAAUAUGUCAAGCGUGUACCGGUGAAGUCUUUCGACAACAAUGGCUUCGUGGAUUAUGACUAUGAAGACCCCACGCCACUUAUGGAUUCGUAUCAUGAUGACUUGGAUUCUGGAUAUCAAGAACCACAGGAAGUAAUCAAUACUUUACAACGUGUUUCACCACGCCCCGUAGUUUCGUCACCAACACGCAUCGAUAAUCCGAAUAUGGCACCACUCAACUACUAUCCUUCACAUCGUUCCAAUCAUCAUUUAAGUACCAAUACACUGCAAUCCAAUCACUCAUCGGCCACAUUAAAUCGCAAGGCAACUUUAACACGUCGCAUAAGUGAUGCCUCAUCCUAUGGUCCAGGUGGAGGAGCUAAGCAGUGAAGCGAAGGAAGUGAAGUUAUUUUGUUGGUGAAAAGACAGGCAGUUGAGGGCAUAAUUCGCGUUUAAACAAAUGGCGUUGAAUAUAUUUAUGUAUGUGUAAUAUAAACAUAUACUAUUACAAUACAUACAUAUAUACAACGAAGCGAGAAUUGUGCUGGGGACACGAAAGAAAAGGACUGCGAAAGAAUAAGGCUUAGGAAAAUGGAAAGUGUAGCGAUAAAAGGGUACAUAAAAAGAGCUUAAUUUCAGGCUCAAUGUCAUAUUGAUUUAGCGAACUAAAAUCUAAGUGCAAUCAGGUGCGCGAAGAAUACCAAAAAAUACCAAAUCAAAUCAAACUUCACAGCAUUUAAUAAAAUACUUAAAAAUAUAAAUCAUACGCACCUAAAUAUAACGGUAUAUCAUAAGAGAGAAAUAUGGUUGUAAAAAUCUUUGAAUGAUGCAUUAGGCUAAGCGCAUAGUGGAGCGGCGAGCAUAGCAUCGAGCAAAGCGUCAAUUACAAACGUGUAUGUACGCUUUGCUCUUCACUAAAUAAAUAUGUGCGCUCCCAUUGAAAAAAAUACGUGUGUAAUUGAAGCUUUGCUCGAUACUCUUUGCUCGCCGCUCCACUAUGCGCUUAGCCUUAGUCACUGACAAUAUGUAUCGAUAACUCUACUUGCAAAGUUUCAUGGAGGAUUGGAGUUUAUUUUUAUGCUUGAAACUGUGUUAGUAUUUUCGACUUUUCUUUG